AAGAUGGUCAAUCCCUCUCUCGACCUCCUUCUACCUGCCUGGGUUACAGGACUCGAAGAGCAGAUUCCGGUUGAUCAACGCCGUAUGAUUUUGGAUCUUAUCGAUGUGACUGUACGAUGGGACAUGAAAUGCAAAUCGGAGCGUGCAGCUCUUGAGCAACAGCAAGAACAACAAUCACCAAACCAAAAUGCUUCCUCUUCUGCAGGUCCUUCGUCUAUCGGUGGCCCUGUAUCUCCAUCUUUGGUGCAUUUUAGUCUUUCAGCUUUGUGUUGUUGCUACCUCACCUCCAACCAUACUAACAACUCUGUUGUUGGCUUUUUUGCUCUCCAGAUGACUGACAGACCAGAACUUAUGCCCAUGGAAAAGAGUCACCGUGACCAAUUGGCUAAUCUCAUGAUCCGUUUUGCGUGUCAGGCGAUGGAAGCCACAUCAAAUGGUAUUUCCUCAGAAACCUCGGCCAGAAAGGCUUUGAGUCUAGUUGAAAGCACCCUGUCUUCCGACAUAUGGGGUGGUGAGACCUGUGACCUUCGGUUAAACUUCAUUGAUCGUUUCCUCUGUCCUGAGGACUCUAAUUCCUCUCAGACAAGUACGACGCAACAACAAUCUCAACAACAACAGCAGCAAAAUAUGAAUGCUCUGCUUUCAUCUUGCACCUUCAUGACUCUGGAGGUGCUACGUGUUGUCUAUAGUACUCUGGAGAGUUCGACGCUGUUGUCCAACGUGAAGCACUUCGGUAAAUCAAUUAUAAGUCUACUUUCACGUUUUUCUACAACAUAUCGUCUGAUGCGGGCCUGUGGUACCCUCAUGAAGGUGUUGCUUCUCAAAUUCCCUGCUGAGCCGUCAAAUCGACAGAAGAUUACCGUUUUCCCAGAACUUUACGAGCUUUACGACAUCAUUCUUAAGUUCAUUCAAGAGUCAUUCACCCUGUACACCGAUGGUUCCCCUGUCAACAGCACACCUCAGGAGUCUGCAGCUCUGAGUCAAUUGACGGACCUCUUAAUCCAAACUCUGGAUGUUUUCAAAUCACGCAUGAAUGUGAUGAGCACGGAAAUGCGGAAAAAUGCUUUUGGACCCGACUUCCUCUACAUCCUGGAACGUGCAAGAGAUGCCAAGCUCUUCCGCGCAGUGGUGCGUAUCCUUCGGGAUUGGAUAAACGUGCCUAAGGCGGAGGAGCACUUUGCACCAACCACUCGUGAAAAGGUCGCCUUCUUCGUACGCCUCUGGUCUGCCUACUCGCGAUGGUCGGAGCACUCGGAGGCGGCUCGUGACAUCCUCGAUUGUAUCUAUCAGGUCGGUGGGCUUAAGGUUUUCUCGAACGUCUCUACAAAGACUCAUGAGAUUUUCGUGAAGAUGGAACAGGCCUUCUGUUGUGGUCUCCUUAGUCCGCUUCCAGACAUCCGUGAGAAGUAUGUCAAUCUUUUCUUGCUGGGUUCUGAUCUCAUCUCUGCUCCCUUCUUCAUCGAUAAUGAAACCGAGGCCUCUUCCAACACUGCCAUGACAACUACAGCCAAGAGUAGCCUUUUGGCUCGUCUUCUUUUUCUCUUUGUUUCAAAUUCGUGGGAUGAACUCCACUACAAGGAUGGAUUUUGGCUUCCUGUCUUCUUUGAUGCAAUAAUCGUGCAAUCGGAAGCUCGAUUUUUUUCUCUUCUGGAGAGGGAUGCCAGGGCAUCAAAUCUGGCAUCUCAGACACCUGUGCAUUGCACUAAACCUGACUUCACUGAUGUGAAGUUAGCCGAAGUGGAGAUGAAAGGCGAAACGACCAAGUCAACUGAGACCAGCUCUAUUUCUACUUUUGAGUGCUUGAUGAAUCAACAGGCAACCGUUUUCAACGACAUUAAAGCGAUUUCUUUUCGGGAAACUUUGCGCGGUUUACUCAAUCUGGUGCAUCACCGCCCUGCUAUUGCAAGCGAGUUAUUUGGCCAGUUGUGGCACUGUGUCUGGCAUCGUUUCCUUCUUCGUGAGUCUGGCAAUCUCUAUGCCAAUUCCUCGAGCUCCUCCCACUUGGAGACGACGGGUUUGCCUGACAAUUUUGCAGACACAUCACCAGUUGCAUCCACUUCUACCACAGGUGGCGGUGUGGGGUCAAUGUCUCCUAGCCAAUUACGUCACUUUCUCCUUCCCUACAUAACCAAAUUCCUUUCUUCUGAUGACCAUGUUAACACAGUUGACAUACUACCAAGUUCAAUAGGCAACACCCUGACCUGUUUCACCACUACAGCAGACUCCCUUCUAGCCGCGUUGCCUCUGCCAGUCCUCUCGGUAGGAUUUAUGCUUUAG